AUGCUGGCAAACAAUCAACAAUUAAGCUUUAGCUUCAGCAGCAGUCGCAUCAUUGUUAUCAUCAACAAUCCUCAGCAUGAAGUAUUUGUGUGUUUUCGUUAUUUUUGCCAUGUGCCUGGUCAACUGCUUGGCGGCCAUUGCUGAGCCCGCAGCGGCAGCUCCUGAUGCCGAAGUGGAAUCAACUGUAGCCGAAAAGAAGACGGAGAAACGUGGCAUUUAUGGUUUUGGCUAUGGACAUUAUGGACAUGGUUAUGGCGGCUAUGGUCAUGGACAUGGUCAUUAUGGCGGCUAUGGCUUCGCAAGUCCCUAUUAUGGCGGCUAUGAGUAUGUGCAUCAUGCCACGCCCUAUUAUGGUGGCCAUCAUGGUGGUUUCUAUCCCUAUCAUCAUGGCCAUUAUGGUUACUAUUGAGAGAACUCGAUUUGGAUUUGUAGUAUAAUUCAUUUUAUAUUAUCGCCCCCCACUCAUCGCUACACAAACACAUUUGCAUACUUAAUAAUUUUUUUUUCGUUUUUUUUUUCUCUUUUGUAUUA